AUGACUGAAAACUCUUGCACCAGCGACACAACAACGGGCUCGUCGCAUCGUGGUUUCAGUCAGAAAGCGAGGGGUAUUUUACUUGAAUCUCAUGUUGUGCCAGAAAAGAAAACAGUCGAAAAACGACACCACAAUGUGAACAGCAUCAGUCCAGCAGCACCUCAUCGAGGUUUCAAUCUCAAAGCUCGUGAAAUACUUCUUGAUAAAAAACCACCACAACCAAGACCAGCAGGUAUGGUGAAAUGUGAACAAUUCCUUGCACAGCCGAAUUUGUUGACCGAUACAAUGCGAUUCUCAGUGCUGAGUGAUGAAUUGCAACUGGAAUGCAAAAGUGCAAAUGCAACUCCUUUGGGAAUGAUUCCUGAACAGUGCUUCUCAUCUUGCUGA